AUGGAAUGCGAUCGGCGACCUCCAUCCACAGCCUUACUCCGAACAUACCCAAUCGUUAAAAACAAGUUGCGCUCUUUGCAUCUCUCUCCAUCGCAUCAUUCCCUCUUCCACGCCCACCUUGCCCUGUACCAGAGCCAGAGCAACAUUCCCAAUUUCUGGAGACAGCGUGUGGUUCCUUGUCACAUCCGGCGACCUCAAUCCGACCUCAAUCAGUUCGCUUCUUCUCUAUUCUCUCCCUCUCCUCCACUCCCAGCCAGGGCAAAAUGCCCUAUUCCUGGUGACGGCGAGUGGUUCUUUUUCACAUCCCGCGACCUCAAGUACCCAUCAGGGUCCCGGUCCAACCGUGCCACAGCUGCUGGGUACUGGAAGGCCACUGGGAAGGACAGACCAGUGCACAUUCGCCACACAGGAAGCGGCGGUGGAGGCAAAGGGGAGCAGACAUUCAGAGCAGGAAUAAAAAAGACCCACGUCUUCUACAUGGGGCGAGCGCCAGGAGGGGACAAGACUGACUGGGUGAUGCACGAGUACCGGCUGGCAGAGGACUCGCCUGAAGCUGGACCUGCUGCUACAGACGUGGCACAUGCUACAGCUGCGGCAAGCGAAUCAGACCCAGCAGCUGCUACAUAUAGCAGCGCACCUGGUGUGGGUGCAGCUGAUGGCACUGCCAUAGGCGGGAGCAGCAGUAGAAAGACUGAAGUGACACACCUAGACACUGGUGCAGGUGGUGAUGUAGCUGGUGGCUUGGGCAGGAGCAGUAGCAGCAGCUCCAAAUCCAGCAGUCCAAAGACCGAACCUAGCAGUGAUCGACGGAUCGGCACGACGUCAUGGGUGGUUGUACGAGUGCUCAAACGAAGCUCCCUGACAGCGGAGGAAGAAGCAAUGGUGGCAAAGCAAACUGUGGUAGCACAACCAAUGAUGUCACGGAAUGAGUUGCUAGAACAGCAGACGAUGGUGAUGCAGCAGCAGUGUGGGGCUCCUUCAUCAAAAGGAAAACCAGAGAGGGAUGAAGAGGCACCACUGGCAGGGUACCAUGCGGAUUUAUCAGUGCGUGGCACGCACUUUAGAGUGCAGAGCAGUGAUGUGGCAAGCCUAGCACCAGCUGUAGGUGCAACGAUGCCUGUGGUUUCGGCGGAGGGAGACGCAUCAAUAGUGGCAAAGGUGGCAAAAACAGGAGCUGCAGAGGCAUCAGCAGUCGAAGCAGUACCAAUGGAGGUAGAAGGAGCAGGAGCAGCAGUGGGAGCAGAUAGGGAAGGCAGCAGCUCAGCAGACAAGCAGCAGAAAGGCAGCAGACAAGCAGGGGUGUUGUUGAAGGGCCCAUUCUUCCCAGAGAACAUGCCAUCUUUCAAGCACUAUCUCUUUGAAUUAAAACCACCUAGAAGCGGCAGGAGUGAUGGUGGUGUGGACGGCGGGGAUGGAAUGGGAGAGCAGCAGCAAACGGAAGAGGAGCAGCAGAUGCGAAAGGAGCAGAAGAAGCGGGAAAUGGAGAAAAAACUGGACUGGAGGGUAGAACUGGACAGUAGCGAAGAGGACGGGCAGAAGGUGCAGGAGAAGGGUAAUCAAGAGCAGGACCUGGUGUGGUCCCAACAGGUGUUGCGCCUUCUGCUACUCCUGAGGUAG